ACUUCUGUGUUUACUCGCUCAGCUGAUUGACAUGGCCUUGAAUCAACAACUAUUUGCCUGUUAGCGGACAGGAGAUUUGAUCAUGAAUGGACAAGGGCUUGAUGAUCGUUAUGACAUCCUUUCCAUUAACAAAAGUCUUGAUGAACUAGGUAUGUUAAGUACUGUUACAGAGAGCCGAAAGGAAUAUUUGCAAGAGUGUUUAAGAGACGGCAUGGAAAAACUAAACGUAGAUCAACCAGGGCCCUCUAGUGCCCGCUGGGAUCCACAAAAGAGCCCCAAAAGUCCUGGAUCUUCAAGCUCUACUGAAAAGGAAAACACGAACCUUGGAGGAUUUCAAGUACUUACCAUGAAUUCAACCUUCAUAACCAGUUUUAAAGCUGGUUACGAAUUACCUUGUCAUGGGAUUAGAGAGCCAACUUCUAAAAGAGUAUAUAAAUGUAGUUUAACUCGUAGACGGCGGUUGCGUACACACCCAUAUGACAAUAACAUGCCUGUGCCUAGUACCAGUGAAACACCAGUUUAUAACAAUGGUUCAUAUCGCUUGCGAACAACAAGUUUAAGUAGUGGGACUAGUAAAAGUCGUGGGAAUAAUAGAAGCCAUAAUGGCAAUUGUAGUAACAAUGGUAAUAAUGGGCCUAUGUUGGUCAGAUCUCGAAGUAUGGAAAACUUGUCUGCUUCAAUAAAUGAUGGGUUGAUUCUUUCAUCUAAGCCAAGAGAGCUAGAGACUGUAUCCAGAGGUAUACAGCAACUAAAGAUGGAUGACUGUGUUUGAGAUUCACAGUUUGUGUGUUUAUCUGGCUUGUACACUACAUAUUACAUGUGUUAAUAUUUUUAAAAGAGAAAAUCACCUGCUGUUGGAAGUUAUUUCACUCUAAAUAUUUCUGAUUCAGGAAAUAAGGUUAAGAACUUCCACUGUGCAACAUCCAAGAAAUAUUCCAUCAAUAAGUUGAUCCUUUUGUGGCAGAUGGAUGUAUUAUAGACUUGAUUUGUUAUUUUUGCUUUUUGGGGGAAGUGUUGCUCUUGGUUAAAUGGUUAUCAGCACUUGAAACUGAAAUGUGAUACGGUUCAGAUCUGAAGCCAAAGUAUUGAAGUGAGUUGCAUAUAUGGCCUUUGAUUGUGAAGUUGUUAUAUUUUUAUGUUACCUUAUUAAGAUCAAACCUUGUUAAUUUGAUAUUGAAGGACAGGAAAUUGAUUUAACUUCAAUCAGGUACAGUGCUUUUGUCUUGACAGUUCUACCUCAUGAUCAUUAUAGAUAUAUUUAAUGGUGAAUAUAUUUUAUUGGUACAAAUGUUAGAAUAUUAUCAUGAAGAGAGAAUUGCUCCAGGCUGUGUUUGUUUAUACAGCAAUGUGUUUGAGGGAACUAUCCAUUUAUGGAAAUAUUAGCAACUAUCUGCAGAAAAGAGGCCAACAAAUGUUUGACAUUUUAGGGUAAUAUAAGGUGAUGAUUUUAUUACUUAGAGCAGAAAAUUUCAAUGUUGUCAUAACUGGAGAACUAAGAAUUUAUAUGCCAAAGAUUAUGUCCUACUAUCUUGUAUAGAAAAAGUGAUAAUAGUAGUAAAUUAGAAUAUUUGUUUAUGAAACUUAAAAUGCUUCUAUACCUUUCCUUAUGACAGUAUGUACUGAAGCUCACAUUUGUAGCAAAAAUAACAAAUAUUUAGUAUUUUUAAGGCUUAUAUUUGAAUGUUCACAGUUUAUAUGCAAACUGUAUAUGUUCAGUUCAUCAUUUCAUGAGUAUGCACAGAGAAGUAAUAGGUUAUAGCCAGUGUGCAUGAAAAAAAGAUCUGUGGGAAAGAAAGUAUACAUAAGCUUAAAACAUUUUUUUCUUGUUAUGCUUUUAUUUUUCCCCUAUGGCCAUGCUAUGUUACAGUGGUAUUUGAUGGAUAUGCAUUGAAUUGCAUCAUAUCAAUGAGAACUGAAAUGAUAAUGAUCAAAUGGAUGCUUUAUUUGACAUAAGUUGAAAUUAGAAAAUGAAGAUCAUA